UGCUGCAUGUCUUAGAAUUGGGGUGUCCAUAGCCUCUCUCCUCUGUCGAGAAGUCCAUUGACGAUAUAUACCUUAGUAUGCCAUGCUUUAUGCUUUGCUGUAAAUCAGCUAUCUGCACUCCAGUGCUACUUUCCAUCUCGUAGUUUGAUGGGAAUGUAAAGUGUGACAGUCUGACCUCUCACGCACUUACUUCACAGAAAGGAAUAGCCAUCCAGUUAAACUGUGAUCAAGUUUCACGUCAACACAGCAGUACAGAAUAUACUGCACCAGUAAUUAAGGGCUUAUGUACCAGGCCAAAUACUAACAUCUCUGCCCAGAGAUCAAGUACGAAUUAGAUUAUAGAUAGAUCGAUCUGUUUGUGUGUUGUCGUAAAACCCACGCCCAUCAACUGCAUCCGUCUGCCCACUUUACACUGCCAAGAUGUCGGUGCGUAUGUGCCUUGCGCGUCCUUGUCGGGUCUCGAUGGUAACGGGAAGUUGGGGUUUAAAACAACCCACACACACUAUGAACCGUCAUUGCGGCACAAAGGCGCCGAAGUCCUUGCUGAGAUCGCACAACCGAUCUCUCGUGUCUCGUCGUGCAGGUCUAUCCCAUGCGAGUGCACUUCCGUAUCUCUCAGCACAUACACACACACUCGCCUGCACAAGAACGGCACCGCAGUGUAUGCACAUAGUUCAGCGUGUCGUCUGUCGCAGUCACAAUUUCGGGUCAUUGUUUGGGAACGAUUUCGACCCGAAUUUCGACAUCGACAAGAAACGACGUGAGUUCAAAGAGAAGGAGAUGGAGACGCGUGCGAGGCUAACGCUUAGAGGACGGGAGGGGGUUAUAGCAGCUGCGCGUGAUAGGGAGGCUGCUUAUAUGAGAGAAAAGCGAGAGAAAGACAUGCGCAUACGCAAGGUACGGGGUGAUUUUGAUGUGACGAACAGGGACGCUCGUGCGACCAGAAAUCGGGAUGGAAUUGGUGCAAAUGAAGAUUUUGUGGAUGCAAAUCGGGUUGUUAUUGGCGAGUCAAGGAAAAACUCUCGAAUGCGCGAUAUUGUAUCAGAACAACGGGCGAGGGAGGCGAACAAGACGCCUGAACAUAACACAGACGCACGCACAACGCAUGCACACAGACGGAUACACCCAGAGAGGCGAGGAAAAGCCCUCGAUGGCGGCACGAGUGCAGUCGAUAGUAACAGAAGCAGGAGUAUACCUGGUACUAGUGAGGAGGGUGGUAGGAACAGUACAGUUGUACCUGGGUCACCCCAUCGGAGAAGGCAUGACGUGGACCUUGCGUACGAACGAGCGGCGCAGCAAGGUAUGCACCAAGACGCGGCAGGGCUCGAUAGGACAAGCGCCGACAACGCCAUACACUCGUCCGAUACCGGAAACACUGUAUCCAGAGGAGUAAAGGCGUUGAAAUCAGGGCGUCCUCUGACUGUAGUGAAGUACAACGAACGGGGUGAGCGUUUCUCGCCCGAGAUAGAGUUGCGCGAGCGGUUCAUGGUCGCAGGCGUGGCUGAAGAAGCCGGGAAUAUAUGCCACGGGUGUGGGGGGAUUAUAGCCUUCAGACCGGAGGAGGGUGUGACCUCAAAGAUCAUCAAAAGCACGCGGGUUGCUCGGUUUUAUCGGAUGGGGCUGUGUCUGCGGUGUCGGACCCUUAUAGCGGACAAGCAGGCCAAGGGUGGGCCACGGGAGGCCGUGAAAAAGGCCCGGCAAAGAGACCAGUUGGCCGGGAGUGUCGCAGAUGUGCGGAGACACGCGCUUCCCCAGGACAGGGCGCAUGUGGCUGUGUUUGAAAAGGAGGUAGCGGUCAUUGCCAAGGAGUUGCGGGCGUAUGUGCUGCUAGUGGUGGAUGCGACGGACUUUGAGGGGUCGCUGAUCCGCAAUCUGCGCACGUACAUUGACCGACACCCGGUUAUCCUUGUGGUGACCAAGUGCGAUCUGCUGCCCUUUGAUAUCAGUGACGAGACACAGGGCAGGCACCUGCGAGAGUACUUCCAGAGCCGGAUGCAGGAGAGAGGCACGCGUGUGGCGUAUGAGGAGACCUUCCUGCUCUCGGGCAAACGGGACAGUGGCAUAAACAAUCUGGUGCAGUGCAUACGCGACAACCUCAUGGGACGCAAUGUGUACGUCAUGGGGAAUGCGAAUGUCGGUAAAUCGACGCUGGUCAAUGCCUUUGCACAGCGCAUGCUCAAUAUAAACCUGUUUGUGGGCGAGGAAGCCCAUCGCAAAGAGCGUGUGCAGUGGAGUCUCUCCACCACCUCCCAUCUAGCCGGUACCACGCUUAUGACCACACGUAUCCCGUGUUUCCACAGUCACAAGCACGCUCUGUUCGACACGCCCGGUCUGUUUCCUCGCACCUAUCAAUGGGACAUCCCGCCCAUCCUUCCCACUAUGCUGGAACCGCAAAUCCUUCCGUGGCCCCGAAGUUCGGAACAUAACGCGCAUGUGCCGCCGAACGUGUGUGGCACGGAUACGGUCAGUGGGGUAGAGGUAGGUAAAUUGCAAUGUGAGGUAGGCGAGCCGCACCAUCGUCCGCCUGCAGGUAGUGUGCGAGUGCGUGUACCAGGCCUGCCUCUGAGUAUCGACAUACACUUGCCUGAUAGGAAGAUUACGGAGGAGCCAACAAUGGUCUGGUACAGCCCUGUGUCUGUGCAAGCGGAGGCUAUCUCGAUAGCAGGCACAUCCAGGCAUAGUGAUGUAGACACUCAGAAGGACGGGACAGGGACUUACGAGUACGUAACGGACGAUUCUGUGAUAGUAGACCUGAGUCAUGCGAAAGUACAGAACUUUCAGCUGCUGUCCCCCGAUGCCCAGGAUAUGGUUGUGCUGGGUCUUGGGUGGGUAGCCCUGCAGGUGCCCGCUGGCAGCCGAGUACAGGUCAGUGCACCUCCCGCCAGCGAAAUCGUACACAGAGACGCGAUGUUUUCCCCGAGUGUGGCUCAGGCGCAGCUGGAUUUCGUCGCGAUGAUCAGAGACUCUUACCGUGGCGGGGAUUGGCGCACGCGCAAGGGCAGGCAGUGGGUAGGGCCCGAUAAUACGGCUGAUGCGGGUGAACUGUCUAAUCCGUUCAUGCCGAAGGACGAGAAAUUGACCUACAUACCCAAGUUCAGGCCCAAGACGGUGUCUGCGCGGAGAUAGCUCUGCGAGUGGUGGGGGCUGGAUAUGUGUCCC